GCGACGAACAUUUUGUAAACAUUUCGAGGCAAUUUAUCGAGACUCUUAUCAACUAACCUUAUGGAUAAUCUUGUGAAGGUUCAUGGAGGUGGUGGCUAUGACUCUGACUUCAGUGAUGAUGACGGACAGGGGGAGCCCUCAGAACGAGCUCUUAAAAGGAAACAUGAGGAGGAAAUCUUACAGAAGCCUUUCCAGAAAGGUCAGCACGCCAAGGUUGCUCACAGCAGCUAUCAUUCUAAUGAAGUGGACAGAGAGGAAGCGAGGAACAGAAGAGCCCAUCUAAUAUCGAUGAAUGCUUUUGAACGUCAUAAGAAGUUUGUGGGCGACUACAUUUUGUAUUACGGAGGACAGAUGGCUGACUUUAGACGCUCCACUACCAAAGACAAAACCGAUGUGGAUGUGCUGCGUGAAAAUCAUCGCUUCCUCUGGAAGGAUGAAGACGAGGAAGACAUGACAUGGGAAAAAGAACUCGCCAAGAGCUAUUACGACAAGCUGUUUAAGGAGUACUGUAUCGCUGACGUCAGCAGAUACAAGGAAAACAAGUUUGGAUUUCGUUGGCGAACUGAGAAGGAAGUUGUCUCUGGCAAAGGUCAGUUUCAGUGUGGAAACAAACAUUGUGAGAAGGAGGAUGGCCUUAAAAGCUGGGAGGUGAAUUUCGCCUAUGUCGAACACGGGGAGAAGAAGAACGCUUUGGUCAAACUAAGACUGUGCCCUGAAUGCUCUUUCAAACUCAACUACCAUCACAAGAGAAAGGAAGUAAAAGCAAAGACAAAAAUUAAAAGGAUAUCGCAAGAGAACCAGGAGCCACUAAAGAAGAAGAAGAGGAAGAGAUCGUCUUCUCAUUCUAAGAAACGCAAACAUAAGAAGCACAGAGAUCGUUCCACCUCAUCCAGCAGCUCAGAGUUUGAGUCACAAAAGUCAGACAAAGAAAGUGAAGCUGGGGAUGAGCCAGAGGACCAAUCAGAAGCUGACCACUGGCGAGGACCCGCCCCUGCUGUGGAGGAAAAGUCAAGGGAGGAAGAGUUUGAUGAGUACUUUGAAGACAUGUUUCUUUGAAUCUGCUGGUGUCAACGGCAGCCCUGCUGUGACUACAUUUCUUUUGAAUCCCACUGACAUUAAGUAUGUUCUUUUUAAGUCUUGUGUGUAUGAAAUAAACAUAAUGUUUAUCCAGCCUGUACCUAUCAGUCUUUUAUUUACACUUCUGGCAUCAUCUGUGUUUCUGUCUCCCCCACCAUCAUGUGAGAAUAAUUGAAAGUAGUUUUAGACAGCAUGGCUCCAGGGAUGGCAAAGUCUGACUUGCUAUGAUGAAGAAUGAAAACUAUCCAUAACUUUUUGAUUGAUUGGUGUGAAAAAAGUGUCACUUUGUGAUGAAUUACUUGAAUAAUGUUUUAUUUUAACAACUGCUGCCAACUUCAUUUCAUCCAUUUGUUCUAAAAUCCAAAUCCAAUGCUCAUGUUUCUGUAUGACGAUGUGUUGAAUCAUAUUAUAUAUAUUCCCAGUAUUGGACCUGACAAAAGUGAUUGAGCUGUGGUUCUUGCAUGCAGUUGUGUUUCAAAAUUUGCAAUUUUUU